AUGACAGGUCUUUUCCAAAAUCGACGAAUGGGUCUCUCAACUUUUCUUAAUAUUGCUUCAUGGGCUUUGAUCGGUCUGGCUUAUCCACUCUACAAUGUUUUUUUGCCCUACUAUCUGCGUUCGCGUGGAGCUAUUGUAGGUGAUGGUUCUACUUAUACAACAUACCGCAACUAUGCCAUCACAAAUACGUGUACCAUAUUUGGCCCUGUGGUCGCGGGAGGUUUAGUGGAAAUUAGUUAUCUUGGUCGACGAUACACUAUGGUUAUUGGUGCUCUACUCACCAUGACAUUUCUUUUCGCGUACACGACGGUUCGUACUGCUGCUCAGAAUUUGGCCUUCGCCUGUAUGAUCAGUUUCUGUUUGAACAUCUAUUAUGGUACCCUAUAUGCCUAUACACCAGAAGUGCUCCCAUCAGAACAUCGAGGCACGGGUAAUGCUAUCACUGUGGCAUGUAACCGAAUCAUGGGCAUUGUCGCUGCAAUUGUGGGCAUGUAUGCCAAUUUGAAUUCGAAUGUACCCAUUUAUGUAUGUGCAGCUGCAUUCGGUGGCCUGGCAUUUAUUAGUUUCUUAUUUCCAUUUGAGCCACGUGGAAGAACGAGUGGCUAA